CCCGGGCCCGCCCCCCCUCCAGUCCCUCCCACUUUUCCCAAACAAAGCUCCGGGCAACUUUCUCCCAGGCAGCGCCCCGCCCGCGGCUCCCCAGCCCCAGGCCGGGAGGCCCAGAUGGGGGAACCGCGGGCUGGGGCCCCCCUGGAUGAUGGCGGCGGCUGGACGGGCAGUGAGGAGGGCAGCGAGGAGGGCACCGGCGGCAGCGAGGGGGCUGGGGGAGACGGGGGCCCGGAUGCAGAGGGAGUCUGGAGCCCAGACAUCGAGCAGAGCUUCCAGGAGGCUCUGGCCAUCUACCCGCCCUGUGGCCGGCGGAAGAUCAUCCUGUCCGAUGAAGGCAAGAUGUAUGGUCGGAAUGAACUGAUUGCCCGCUAUAUCAAGCUGAGAACAGGGAAGACCAGAACUCGCAAACAGGUCUCUAGUCACAUCCAGGUUUUGGCCCGAAGGAAAUCGAGGGAAAUUCAGUCCAAGCUCAAGGCCCUGAAUAUGGACCAGGUUUCCAAGGACAAAGCUUUCCAGACAAUGGCUACCAUGUCCUCGGCCCAGCUCAUCUCAGCACCUGCCCUACAGGCCAAACUGGGUCCCUCUGGCCCCCAGGCCUCUGAGAUUUUCCAGUUUUGGUCAGGGGGUUCUGGGUCCCCAUGGAAUGUUCCAGACGUGAAGCCAUUCUCACAGACGCCAUUUUCCUUGUCGCUGACUCCCCCAUCUACUGACCUCCCAGGGUAUGAACCCCCACAAGCCCUCUCGUCCCCGGCCCUGCCUCCACCUGCCCCGUCACCCCCAGCCUGGCAGGCUCGGGCCCUGGGCACUGCCCGGUUGCAGCUGGUGGAGUUCUCGGCCUUUGUGGAACCACCAGAUGCAGUUGACUCUUACCAGAGGCACCUGUUUGUACACAUCAGCCAGCACUGUCCCAGUCCUGGAGCUCCCCCACUCGAGAGUGUGGACGUCCGGCAAAUUUAUGACAAAUUCCCUGAGAAAAAGGGCGGUCUGCGGGAGCUGUAUGAUCGUGGACCCCCCCACGCCUUUUUCCUGGUCAAGUUCUGGGCGGACCUGAACUGGGGCCCGAGUGGCGAGGAGGCAGGGGCCGGUGGCAGCAGCAGUGGCUUCUACGGAGUGAGCAGCCAGUACGAGAGCCUGGAGCACAUGACCCUCACCUGCUCCUCCAAGGUCUGCUCCUUUGGCAAGCAGGUGGUGGAGAAAGUGGAGACGGAGCGUGCCCAACUGGAGGAUGGGAGGUUCGUGUACCGCCUGCUGCGCUCACCCAUGUGUGAGUACCUGGUGAAUUUCUUGCACAAGCUGCGGCAGCUGCCCGAGCGAUACAUGAUGAACAGCGUCCUUGAGAACUUCACCAUCCUCCAGGUGGUGACAAACAGAGACACCCAGGAGCUGCUGCUGUGCACUGCCUAUGUCUUCGAGGUUUCCACCAGUGAGCGCGGGGCCCAGCACCACAUUUACCGCCUGGUCAGGGACUGAAGGGGUCCCCCAAACUGGCUGGCCCCUGGAACAUCCUCUCUCUCAGCAAGGGCUCUCCAACUCUCCCUCACUGGGGAAGGGAGCGGGCCUUGGGUCUUAGUGACUGGGGAAACCCUCUAAGUUAGAGGGGACCCCAAACCUGGGAGGUGAGCUGAAUGGGCUGGGAGGAAAGGAUAGACCCUAACAGUGGGAUCCCACUGGGGGUGGUGGUGGUGGGGGUGUUUGUGUCUGUGUCUGGAAGGACAGAUCACUCCAGAGCAUCAGGGACUGGGGACAGGAGUGAGAGACACCCCAGGUACACUGCCGGCUUCAUAGUGUCUAACAGGGCCCCCCCACCCUGUUCUGGAUGGUUUGGAGGGUUCUAAUGACACAUUGGUUUGUCCCCCUCCCUGUUUCCUGUUUUCCUCUGCGCCCCCCUCCCCCAUCACUCUGACUCCCAUACUGCAAAGCAAAGGUUAACUCUUUGUGCAGGAGCAGAGCCAGGUGAGCCCUGGGAGUAUUAAUUUUUUGUUAAUAUAACAAGAGAUAUUUAUAAAUGGGUGUUAGGGUCCUGACUUUAUCUCAGUUAGGCAAGGAGCGGGGUGAGGCUUUUUUAUUUAUCCCCCUCCUUCUAAGUGAGCCAAGGCCUAGGCUGUGUUGCCUGUCCCCCUCCAACCCCACGCGUUGGUUUGUGUUUCCACAGAGGAUAAAACUAUUUUACCAAAA